AAAGUUCCGCGAGACCGCCAAGGUGUUCCAGCCCGCCGACAUGCCGCUCGUCACGCGAAAGGGCGUGUUUCCGUACGAGUAUACCGACAAAUGGUCGAGGCUCGAGGAGACCGCCUUGCCGCCGAAAAGUGAGUUCUAUAGUAUGUUGACCGAGAAGCACGUUAGUGACGAGGACUACGUACAUGCGACGGAGGUGUGGCAGCAUUUCAAUUGCAAGACCCUCGGUGACUACAGCGACCUGUACCUGAAGGUUGACGUUCUCCUUCUGACCGACGUGAUGGAGAACUUCCGCGACCUAUGCAUGUCGACGUACAACCUCGACCCCGUGUAUUAUUAUACGGCGCCAGGGUUCACGUUCGACGCAAUGUUGAGGUAUACAGGCGUUUCACUGGAGUUGCUGACCGAUUACGACAUGGUGCUCUUCGUGGAACAAGGGAUAAGAGGGGGGUUGGUCCAGGCCAGCGAGCGGUACUGUCGGGCAAACAACCCCAAGACGCCGGGGUACAAUGUCGGGAAGCCACCGUCAUGGCUCGUCUACCAGGAUUGCAACAACUUGUACGGCUAUGCCAUGGGGGAAUACAUCCCCUACGAAGGGUUCAAAUGGUAUGAGGGUGAUUUGGAUCGCUCUCUAGAGCUGUUGGACGGUAUGACUGACAAAUCUGACGUUGGGCGUAUCUACGAGGUUGAUAUCGCAUACCCAGACCACCUACAUGACGCGCACAACGAUCUCCCCUUCUUACCACGGAAUGCCAUACCCUCAGGCUCAAAAGUGAACAAGUUAAUGGCUACGUUGGAGAGGAAAGAACGGUAUAUUGUUCACUAUCGGAAUUUAAAGCAGGCCAUUUCUAAUAAUGGAUUGAUAGUGGAAAAAGUUCACAGGGUGUUGGAAUUCCAACAGUCGGAAUGGCUUGCUAAAUAUAUAAAUCUAAAUACCGAAAUGAGAAAGAAGGCCAGCAACGAAUUUGAACGUGAUUUCUUCAAACUGUUGAACAACGCUGUGUUCGGGAAAACAAUGGAAUGUGUUAGAAAUCGUAUUUCUAUGGAAUUGGUGUCAUGUCCACGUCGAAUGCGCAAACUCAUAAAUAAACCCACCUUCAAACACGUCACCACGUACACCGAGAAUCUGGCCGCCGUAUCCCUACAACAUAGUGACAUACGUUUCUCCAAGCCUAUUUACGUAGGGUUCGCCGUCCUGGAAAUAAGCAAGGAGUUAAUGUAUGACUAUCAUUACAAUGUGAUGCGGCGGCAUUACAACGAUUCGAUUAGACUGAUGUACAUGGAUACAGAUUCCCUGGUGUAUCGGGUGUACACUGAUGAUUUCUAUAAGGACCUGGUGGACAACCCCGCACUCCUCGAGCGGAUGGACACCUCGAAUCUCCCCGUAACACACCCGUGCUACGUUGCUACACGUAAGAAGAUCCCCGGACUGUUCAAGGACGAGACGGCUGGCCGUACUAUGUACGAGUUCAUUGCACUUCAGGCGAAAUCUUACGCGUACAAAAUCGAAGGGGAUGAAAAACUCGUGGCCAAGGGGAUUCGAGGGCAUGUGGUCCGAAAUCAUAUGACGUUCGAGGACCACAAGCGCUGUCUGUUCGAGGUCGACGACGACGACGAUGAGGAGAAGGAGGAUGAGCUUAAACGACGUGCACGUCUGAUGGCCCGAUCGGUCAUCAGCAUGAUACAUGAGAAUGCCGCCGCUGCUACCGCAGCCAACAUUGCUGGCCUGAUACGUCUGCUGAGAGUGACCGUGCCAUGCCGUGCCGCGCCGUUCCGUUCCGUGAGUGGCCAUGCAGUAGCUUGUAUUAAGGGUUUUAAGAAUUAUUUACAAACCAUUUACGUAUGGAGAAAACUUUGUAGAAUGUACAUUGUUUGGGGUUGA